UAGAGACAACAAAAAGCAAGAAACUGCCUUUACCAAAUUGGUUCGUGAUGGAAAUUUUCAUUGAUAAUUUUCCAUGAGACUAUACGUGUUGAAGCAUUAUCAUCAUCAACACCCAAAAUUACCCUCAAUUUUGCGAGGUUCCUGAACUCACAUCAGUGACUUGAUAAGGUGAUGGCGGGGGAGGGACAUAUUGAUCUCUCAGCUUUGAAAUCCCAAUUGACUCAAACAGACGUUACUUGGAAGCUAGAGAUGGAGAAAAGCCAGUCCCAAGUGGAUGCUUUGCAAGCAAAACUGUUGGAGGUAAAAGCUUCUAUUCAGGGAUCAGAAGAAGAUACAAAGAAGGAGUUAGAUGUUCUAUGGCAUAGAGUAAGAACUGCUACAACAUUGAUGACGUAUUUGAAAGCUAAAGCCAGAGUCGUGGCUGUUCCAGAUUUGGCCCAUUCCUCAUGCGGCAUCAAAGAACUAGAUGGAGUGGGUAUUGUUGAUAAAAAUGGCAUACCAUUAUCCAGUUGGACUAGGGAUGUUGAUCUCCCAUCUUUUGAUGAUGCUGAUGAUGAAUUAUGGAUUAGACUUUCGAGUAAACAUGGUCAACUUGAUGAACAAGAUGGAUCUUAUAUGAGUGAAUUACUCAGAAGUGUACAAUUGGUUACAGAUGUUAUGGAAAGUCUUGUCAAGAGGAUUAUAAUGGCGGAAUCUGAAACUGCUAUAGAGAAAGACAAGGUAACAGUAGGUGAAGAAGUGAUUAAAAGGAAGACGCUCCUGAUUGAAAACAUGUCUAUUAAGUUAGAGGAAAUGGAAAGAUUUGCUCUGGGUACAAAUCUUAUCCUGACUGAGAUGCGGCAGAGAGUUGAAGAUUUGGUUGAAGAAACUUCUAGACAGAGGCAGAGAGCUGCAGAAAAUGAGCAGGAGCUUUGUCGUGUUAAGACAGACUUUGAGUCUCUGAAAUCCUAUGUCAGUAGUCUCAUUAGUGUGAGAGAAACAAUUCUAUCAUCAGAAAAGCAAUUCCAGACAAUUGAAAGGCUUUUUGAGCGGCUGGUCGCCAAGACAACACAAUUGGAGAGUGAGAAGACGCAGAAAGAGGCCCAAGUACAAAAACUGAUGGAACAAAAUGUGAGGUUGGCUGCUCUACUUGAUAAGAAAGAGGCACAGCUUUUGGCCAUGAAUGAACAGUGCAAAGUUAUGGCGCUAAGUGCUUCAAAUAUUUAGCUCAGUGUGUUUAGACCAUUUGUUUCUUGUGGCAUUGUCACCUGCUGCAUAAAAGGUGAAUGCAGCAACUGCAUUCUGCAAAACCUUGUAUCCAGUAAAUGCAACUUUGAGUGGAAUCUUUGUACCCCUUGUUGUCUUGUACUGUCACAUUUAUAAAAUGCAGAUU